AUGUCGGAGUCCUGUGAGGAGCAGCGGACGAAUUUCCGGCUGUCGGUGUGUAAGCGGGAGCCGGUGGUGAAGUUGUUGCAGGCGGUGACCGGGUUGGAGCCGCUCUCCUGGUCGGAGGACCACCGGCUGUCCGUUUGCACCAGCAGCAAUGUCUCUGUGCUGGAACAGGUGUGUGAUAUCCAUGGCAGUAGCCCGGAGCUCACCCUGUACCGCACCUGUGUGCCCGCCCCGCUCAAGACAUGCUACCUCCGGAUUGGUCCCCCAAAGGAAGUGCAGCUGUGCAGAGCAAAGUUUGCCCGGUCAAGUGACCCAGCAGUCAGCCAGAAGUUUAUGCUGGACAGAGUAUUUAACCCUGAAGGAAAAGGUUUGCCACCCUUACAAGGAUACAAAUAUGCCUGCUGGUCUCCUGUGGGCUGCGAUGCCAAUGGACGAUGCCUUUUAGCUGCGCUUACUUUGGAUAACCGAUUGACUGUUAAUGCAAAUGUUGACAGACUGCAGUGGAAGCAGUUGGCAGACCUAACAGAAAUGUAUGGUGAACGUUUAGCUCAGAGCAACUACACAGCGACUGAGAAUGCCACCUAUUCACAAUUGGAGGAUUUUCCCGAGUUCCAAAGGCGGCACAGCAUGCAGACCCCCGUAUGGAUGGAGUGGUCCAGCAUAUGCACUACCCAGGAGAUCAUGGAGAACAACACUUGCCGAGAUGUUGGUACUGUUCUGUUAGCCGUACUCUUUGAAAAUGGAGAUGUUGCCAUUUGGCAAUUUCAGCUCCCCAUAAACAACCACACCUCCAUUAUUUCCUGCAACACCAUCGUGUCUGGGGUUGAGUCACCAAGCGUCUUGGCAUGGUGGGAGUAUGAACACAGCAAUCGUAAAAUGAGUGGACUGAUUGUAGGCAGCAGUUUGGGCCCUGUCAAAAUUAUCCCAGUGAAUUUGAAGGCCGUCAAAGGAUACUUCACAUUACGGCAGCCGGUGAUCCUUUGGCAAGAAGCUGACCGUUUGCCAGUCAACAGUAUUAAAUGUAUAGCUCUUUAUCACCCUUACCAAAAGUGCAGCUGCAGCCUUGUGGUUGCUGCCCGUGGUUGCUAUGUUUUUUGGUGUUUGUUGUUGAUAUCGAAAGCAGGACUCAAUGUUCACAAUUCCCAUGUAACGGGACUGCACUCCUUACCUAUCAUUUCUUUGACUGUUGACAGGCAGAAUGGAACCAUUUAUUCCUGUUCUGUUGAUGGAAAAGUUCAGCAGUUGAUUCCUAUUUUCACAAACCUUGCUUUAAAGUUUGAACAUCAACUCAUUAAUAUGUCAGAGAUGUUUGGGUCAGUGAAAGCUCAUGGCAUUGCUGUAAGUCCUUUUGGGGCUUAUCUUGCUUGCAUCACCUCUGAAGGCAUGAAGAAUGGAAUUCAUCCAGUAAACAAGAACUUUCAGGUCAACUUUGUUUCUCUCAAGACAUUUGAGGAAGCAGCAGCUCAGCUUCUUGAGAGCUCUAGCCAAAACCUCUUCCGGCAGAUGGAUCUCACAGACAUUGUACGUUGGAAGAUCCUGAAAGACAAGGUCAUCCCUCAGUUUUUGAUUGAUGUCCUGGACAAAAAGGUAGAUGGAGGUCCAUUGUACUUUUGGAGGUUCCGACUUUUCCUUCUGAGAAUUUGGUUCCAGUCUUUUAAAAAACUGACUUAUGAAGCAAUGCAGAAACAACCUUACCAUGAAUCAAAGGUUUCCAGGAAGGAAGAUACCGCUGUGGAGGCUAGCAUUUUUGAGGAAGAAAAGGAUCAGGAUGAGGACAGACAUGAUGAUGAGCAUGGCUCUGGUAAAACAUUAGAAGACAGUGCAGAGUCUGAAUCUUCUCCAACUGAUGAAAGUUUUUUGGAAAUCCAAAAGAAAAUUGAAGCUGUGGAGGCACAUUUGACCAAGGAACACAUGAAGCAUGUUUUGGGAGAAGUCUACCUGCACACUGGCAUCACGGAAUAUACCAGUAUUCCUACCCGUGGUGUCUGUGCCUAUCUGAUGGCUAACAGAGACGACGAUGACAGGACAGCCCAGGUUCUCAUCGGGCAUGUUGAAAAGAAGAUGAACAAGCAAAUGUUCCCAGAGUACUGCACUCUGUGUAAGGAAGUUCUUCCAUUCACUGAUUGUAAAAAGGCUGUCUGCCCUAAUGGACAUCUCUGGCGCAGGUGUUCCUUGACGUACCAGGCCUGUCAGACUCUGGAAUACCGGAGGUGCCUACUACAUGACAGUAUUGCAAGGCAUUCAGUUCCAGAAGAUCUGGAUUGGAUUAUGAGAUUGCUGAAAGCACCUUGCAUACUUUGUGACUCUCCUGUUUUUUAA